AUGGCCGACAAGGUCACUCUCCCGUCAAUCUCGACGGUCCUCAACUCGCCCACUGAGGCGAGCUUCAUGAUGUCGGAACAGGAACGUCUGGACUGGCUGCACGUCAUGCACAUGUCGCUCCUCAACCCCUCCCAUGACGACCUUAUCAUGCAGCACCUCGCCAAAGUGCACGCCAGUGGGCGGCGGAGCAAGGUCCUGGACGUCGGUACGGGAACGGGCACUUGGGCCGUCUCGCUGGCGCUGCGUCACCCAUUCGCAGACGUUAUUGGUAUCGACAUCAACUGGUCAAACUUUACCAACGCCCAUCUUCCGCACGGCAACGUCGACUUUAGCACUGUCGAUGUCACCCAAACCCUCCCGUGGACGUCCUUCUUCGACAUUGUCCACGUCAAGUCGAUGCUCAUGGACAUUCCGUAUUAUCCUCAGCUCAUCAGGCGUCUGUCGGAAACUUUACGCCCCGGAGGCAUGAUCAUCCUCAUUGAAAGCGAACUGUCCUACGAAUCCGUCCAAGGCCCGCCUUCCAGUGUCGUCGAGGCGUGGUCCGAAGCGCUCAAGCGUGCCCUUGCGGCCAAGAACACUGACGUGGGUCUUCCUCGACGCCUCGACACGACCGUCGCGGCGACUGGAUUCUUCUCGCCACAGUUCUUCUUCCAAGAGAUUGGUUGCCCCGUCGGGGCGUACAUGAAAGGUGAGUGCAUGGUCCAGGCCAACCUUGCCUUCCUCCUCUCGCUCCCUUACCCCUUUCGCACCAUCGACUCUACCACCUUCCCAGAAUCCCAGACCCUCCUGCGUGCCGGUCAAAUCCAGGCGCACGUCCUCCGCACGAGCCUUCACCGUCUCGUCUGCAACCGUAUCGACCACGCCGAGCGCGCCACUCUACUCAGUCUGGGUGAGGCCUGUGUCCAGCAGCUCAUGGCUCCCGACACACCAUACCUCCAGCGGCUGUUUGCCGUGUAUGCGUACAAGAAGGCCCAACCCCCAACCCAGGCCGUGACGACCCACCCAGGACGUGCCGCGACGUCUGUGGCGUCGCUGGUUCAGAGCUAG